AUGGAUGACUUGGACUCGGACUCGGACUCCUAUAUCUCUGACACGUCGACGGUCGACUUUGACCAACAUCACGCCAGUUCCACCAGUAACCCCGAUACCACAUCCUACGCGCCCCUGUUCAUUGAAGCAACGGAGGACGCACAAAAGCUCCAGAAAAUGAGCUUGGAGCUUGCAUCUACAAGGAUGGAAAUCAUGAAACUCAAGGCCGCUGGUCAAACCCAAGAGGCUGUGAUUCAAAAGCUUAGAGCUACUCUUGAGGAGGAGAGAAAGAGGAUAGCAACUGGCCAAGAAGAGGCGCUACAGCAACACAAAGAAACCAUCCGGAGGCUGAGAGAGGAAUAUACAACUGCAGUGGCGGAAAAUGACGAGAAAGAGCACGCCGACUCAGUCAUGACUGCUCUCAGAUUGGAGGUUGCGGGGUUGCGAACGUUCCUAGACUUGACUGAGCAGCACCGCGAUAAGGCUGCGAGCAACAACAUUGACCUUCAGCAGCGUCUGGAAGCACUGGAAGAGGACGUGUCUUGCAUGAAGAACAAGAUGGCCCGUAUCGAGAAGGUAUUCAAGGAGUCAUUCAAGAAUGCCGGCACAUCACUCAUAUCCAUCAACGGUGUUUAUGACUUGGAAGGGUCACUUCAGCUGUUACUCGAAAGGGACAAAUCCAGGGCCAAGGAACUUGACGAUAUCAAGAAACAAUUGGUUGAGGCCAAAAAUGCUAAACCAUCCGAAGGAGGGAAUGACGAGAGACCAAGAAAGUGGUGGUGA